GAUUAGUCAAGCCAAGAUCCGGACCCGCUCGAGUACAUCCAUGGCACCCACCACGUGUGGCCACGAGUCAUUCCAUCCAAUUCAUGAAUCCAUAUUUCCGUCAUAAAUAUAAACCCAGCAACAUCUGCUACCUACCUACCGUAGCCGCUUCUAUUUCCUCACUCCAACAUCAACCACCGCCCCCUCCCCCCUGAACAUCAUCUAUUCCGGCCUAAACACCAAGAGACAAAUAAUCCCGCACCAAUGGCAACAACAAAGUCCGCAGUCCGCAUAGAACCCAUAACAACGGCUGGUGACUUCGCCCGCUUCUUCGACAUCACAGCCCUGACAUUCGGCCACCAGAUCCACGACGGGAUCUGGUCCGCCUUCAAUCCAGGCUGGGACACGCCGGCUGGUCGGGAGGACGGGAUCGCGCGGCUCGUCGGGCGGUGGUCAUCGACUACGACGGAUCGAGAUAGGCGGCCGAAUACGGUUUUUCUCAAGGCCGUUGUUCCCGGCGGAUCCAGUGGGGAGGGAGAGGAGGAGAUCGCCGGCGUAGCGAUCUGGGUACAGGCGAGUAAUGUCCCCGGAUACGGCGACAAGCCGGCUACGGAUCUCGGGGAGGCGAUGGACCUCGAGGCUCUCUACCCGGAUAAUCCCACCGAGCAGCGAUAUCUCCGCCAGCUUGACGCCUCGCUGCACGGCCGCCGAGUCGAACUCGUCUCUGAAAUCGCUACGACCGGCUCGCCCGCCCUCAUGGUCCUCGACCUCUGCACUGUCGACCCGGCAUUCCAGCGCCGCGGGAUCGCGAAGAAGCUCGUGCAGUGGGGGCUUGAUGAGGCGAAGCGCCGCGGGGGGUUGGAGGCUGUCACUGAGGCGUCGGCGAUGGGGAGGCAUGUUUAUGGGCAGCUGGGGUUUGUGCAGGAGGGUGGGGAGAUGGAGGCGAGGGUUGAUGAGGAGUUUCGGGGGAGAGCGUGGCCGUCGAAUGUUUUUAUGCGGACGGGGAGGGUGCAGUGAUUUGUGGAAAUGGUGGGGGGGUUGGGUCCAUAGAAGGGGGUGUAUUGGGUCUUUUGCGAGGAAGAAUCCCACGCAAGGCUCGCAUAUGUUAGAUUUGCUGGGGAAUCCUUUACACCUCUUUCCUCGCCACAUGCUCAAUUAUUUGUUGUAUUUGACCAGAAUAGAAUAGAGGGAGGAGAGGGAAGAGAGGGAAGAGAGGGAGCUGAAUCACGUAUAAAGUGGAGAAUAUGCGGUGGUGAGGCAAGCAUAUCUACUUUAACCGGAGAAAAGCUACAGUGUCAUUCUUUAAAAAUUAUCUAUGAGCAUAUCAUGUCAGAUGCUGGACCAGGGCAGACUGGUUGCAGCAAAUGCUUAAGACAGGGCAUUGAGCGUACCUGGUUGGCCCGUAUAGCUCUCUGCCUUCAGGAUGGGUGGGUUGCACUGAUUACCGUUCGAUCUUCGCGCCCACGACACCAGACCUACACAGUCCAGAUCCCCUCCGCUUCAAUUCCCGUUGUAUAGUCUAGAUCGCAGGCCAUGGUUUCAGAAAAGCGGGACGUGUCAAGGGGCAGGUUGUGGUAACUCGUGGACCUAUUGAGGUUUAGUCCCCAAGCGUAGUUGAAGUUCGUUUAAAAUUGGAAUAUAUGGAG